AUGGUUGCGGAAGCUGAAUGUGCAGCCGGUAAGACAGCCAUUCUAAAAUGGUUCAAAAUACUCCGUGAAAUAAGCGCUGAAUAUGUGGAAACCCACCGACAACAGAUCGGAGGCGAAGGGCUCACAGUGGAGAUCGAUGAGUCCGUCAUUACCAAACGGAAGUACCACAGAGGACGGAUCGCGGACAACAACCAGGUUUGGCUGGUCGGUGGUAUUUGUCGGGAGACAAAGGAGAUUUUUCUGGAGCUGGUUCAGAAACACGAAGCUGGCAACUUGCAGGGCAUCAUUAUGAACAAUGUGGCCCCCGGAACGACAAUUGUGACGGAUGGUUGGCAUGCCUACAUCGGAUUGGACGGCAAAGGAUACGAGCACGAGAUGAUCAACCAUUCCGAAAAUUUUGUCGACCCAAGCGAUCCAUUAAUACACACACAGACCAUCGAGAAUUUAUGGCGCUGGGUCAAGCCCUUUUUAAGAUCUAAAGGUACAAACCGGGGAGCAUUAAUAGAAUAGCGGAAUUUGGGGCAAGUGUGCCAUACGGGGCAAGAGUGCCACCAAGCAUUUUUCCUUGAAAACUUUAGUUUAAUGAUCAAUUUUGUAUACAGUUGGUUGCUUUCCAAUGACUGGGUAUACUGAGCCAAAUUUCAUAUAGAUCAAUCGAUAUUUCCCAUUGUUUUGAACUGAUUUAUGUCGAGUUUCAAAAUUGAGCAGAAUAUUAUAAUUUUUUAAUCCAAUCAAAUAAGCUCUCAAAAAUCAUGCAAACAAUCAACCGAGAAAAUAUUUACACCACCGUAUAGCUGAGAAAACGUGAAAUUUUUUGUGCGGUUAGUUGAAAAAAACUUUCUUUUUGUCACUGAAAAAUUCAAUUUCAAAAAAGUUACAACUUUUGGGGCAAGUGUGCCAUCUCUGUUUGGGGCAAGUGUGCCACCAUCUUUCUGUCCAUCAGCUGUCAAAAAUGUAAACAUUGUUGUAGCGUGCUGCGGAAUGGUGCGCUAUUGUGAGCGGAUUCCACACCAGAAAAACAGAACAGUAACAAACCAUAUUGUGGUACAGUUGGUGGUCAAAAAGGGUUCA